AUGUCGUCCCAAACAGUGAUGAAAGCCGUCGUCUUUGACGGCCCAUACAAGGUCUCGAUCCAAGAUCGACCGAUUCCUCAAUUGCUUGACGACAACGACAUCAUUGUCAAAGUAAGUGCUUCGGCACUAUGCGGCUCCGAGCUCCAUGUGUACCGAGGGCACCAGCCCAGUGCUACCGGGUUUAUCAUGGGUCAUGAGUUCACUGGAACCGUUGUAGCUGCAGGGCCUACAGUGAAAUCAGUACAGGCUGGUGACAAGGUCGUGUCAGCGUUUACUACUUCAUGUGGUGAAUGCUUUUACUGUACCCAUGGCAGUAGCUCGCGCUGUGUCAAAUGCCAGCUCUUUGGGAGCAAGGUCCUGGACGGCGGCCAGGCCGAGUUUGUACGAGUUCCGCUUGCGGAUGGCACCGUCGCCAAAGCGCCACCUACUAUCUCAGACCAGGCGCUCGUCCUCAUGGCUGACAUAUUCCCAACCGGUUACUUUGGUGUCAAGAGUGCGGUUCAAAUGUCGCCGUCCAUUGAUGUACGCGAUGCCACCAUUGUCAUUAUUGGGUGCGGUCCUGUUGGCCUAUGUGCCAUUGUCGCCGCAGCUCAUCUACAACCGAAACAUCUUUUUGCCAUAGAUAUGGUAGAUAGCCGUCUGGAGCAGGCCAAGAAGCUUGGGGCUGAACCGUUCAACUCGGCAAAGGACAAGGAAGCAAUGGAGGCGCGCAUCAAGGAGGUUACAGACGGCAGAGGUGCCGACAUGGCCGUUGAAGUCGUCGGGCUCUCACCUGCCUUGAGGACUGCGUUUGAUUCAGUCCGCCCAUUCGGUACUAUUAGCAGUAUCGGCGUUCAUAAUGCAGAGGUAUGGUCAUUCUGCAAAGACGGCUUGUCACAUGCUGAUAGCAUUCAGGUUCCCUGGACAGGCAAUGAAGCCUAUGGAAAAAAUAUUCGCCUUCAAAUGGGUCGCUGCCCGGUGCGAAGUGUCUUUCCCGAAGCUCUCGAAUUGCUUGAGAAAAAGCAAGAUCUUCUCAGCUUCAUGUUCGAAAAUAUUAUGCCGCUUUCCAGUGCGGUUGAGGGUUACCAGCUAUUCGAUCAGCUCAAGGUUCAGAAGGUGGUCUUUACGCCCUAG